AUGCAUUUUGGGUAAAAGAGUUUCAACAGACAUGGCGUCCCGAGUACUCGUGCACUGCAUCCGCUCUGUAAGGUUAUUACAGCACAGCGGAGUCAUAAAAUCCGCCAGCCAAAGAUCACUGACUCUGGUUCCGUUUAAACAGCCAGCAAACUGGACGGAGGUGUUACGGGUCCCCAGUCCUGCGCUGCAGCUGUGUCGGCAGUAUUGCGAUUCGCCGCCACUAACCCUGCAGAUCAUCGAAGAGCGUGUCAUGAAUGUCCUUCAACAGUACGACAAAAUCAAGCCAGAAACGCUUCAGUCAUCAUCUCACUUUAUGAAGGAUUUGGGACUGGAUAGUUUGGAUCAGGUGGAGAUCAUCAUGGCGAUGGAAGACGAGUUUGGAUUUGAGAUUCCAGAUACAGAAGCAGAAAAGCUCCUGACUCCUGCGGAAGUCGUCCAGUACAUCGCAAGUAAAAAGGACGUCGACAAAUAACCAAGCCUCGCUUUACAUGCUAAGAGUUUGGACAGGCACCAUUUCUCUCCUGAACAUCUUUCUGUCUCUGUCAGCAGUUUUGUGUAGUGUUUAAUUUAAAAAAAACAAUUGUCAUGCAUAUUUGAACAAUAAACAAAUCUAAAUGA